CGUCGCUGGGUUUUUCCGAGCGCCGCGUCUGAACCUCCGAGUCCCGGUGCCCGUAGCCGGCCCCCGCGGCCCGCCGUCCUCGACAGCCCGCCCGACCUAGACCGGCGUCCCGCGCGCGCGUGUGGGCAGCGCGGAGCCUGCCGCCAUGAAGCCAGCGAGGACUAAGACACCCCGGAAACCACCAGUGAAAAAAGGAUCCCAAACGUGUCUUAAAGACCCAGUUGGGGUGUACUGUCGGGUACGCCCACUGGGCCUCCCUGAGCAAGAGUGUUGCAUAGAAGUGAUCAAUAAUACAACAGUUCAGCUUCAUACUCCUGAGGGUUACAGACUCAACCGAAAUGGAGACUACAAGGAGACUCAGUAUUCAUUUAAACAAGUAUUUGGCACUCAUACUACCCAAAAGGAGCUCUUUGAUGUUGUGGCCAGUCCCUUGGUAGAUGACCUCAUUCAUGGCAAAAAUGGUCUCCUUUUUACAUACGGUGUGACGGGAAGUGGAAAAACUCACACUAUGACUGGUUCUCCAGGGGAAGGAGGACUGCUUCCUCGCUGUUUGGACAUGAUCUUUAACAGUAUAGGGUCAUUUCAAGCUAAACGAUAUGUUUUUAAAUCUAAUGAUAGGAAUAGUAUGGAUAUACAGUGUGAAGUUGAUGCUUUAUUAGAACGGCAGAAAAGAGAAGCCACACCCAAUCCAAAGACCCCCUCUAGCAAACGACAAGUAGAUCCAGAGUUUGCAGAUAUGAUAAAUGUACAAGAAUUUUGCAAAGCAGAAGAGGUUGAUGAAGAUAGUGUCUAUGGUGUAUUUGUUUCUUAUAUUGAAAUAUAUAAUAAUUACAUAUAUGAUCUGUUGGAAGAGGUGCCGUUUGAUCCCAUAAAGCCUAAGUGGAACAGUUGCAGCACGCCCAUGAGGAACACAGAUUUUGUACCUCCACAAUCUAAAUUGCUUCGUGAAGAUAAGAACCAUAACAUGUACGUUGCAGGAUGUACAGAAGUAGAGGUGAAAUCUACUGAGGAGGCUUUUGAAGUUUUCUGGAGAGGCCAGAAAAAGCGACGAAUUGCUAACACACAUUUGAAUCGUGAGUCCAGCCGUUCCCAUAGUGUGUUCAACAUUAAAUUAGUUCAGGCUCCCUUGGAUGCAGAUGGAGACAAUGUCUUACAGGAAAAAGAACAAAUCACUAUUAGCCAGCUGUCCUUGGUAGAUCUUGCUGGAAGUGAAAGAACUAACCGGACAAAAGCUGAAGGGAACAGAUUACGUGAAGCUGGUAACAUUAAUCAGUCACUAAUGACGCUAAGAACGUGUAUGGAGGUCCUGAGAGAGAACCAAACGUAUGGAACGAACAAGAUGGUUCCAUAUCGAGAUUCAAAGUUAACCCAUCUGUUCAAGAACUACUUUGACGGGGAAGGGAAAGUGCGCCUGAUCGUGUGUGUGAAUCCAAAAGCUGAAGAUUAUGAAGAAAGCUUGCAAGUCAUGAGAUUUGCAGAAGUGACCCAAGAAGUUGAAGUAGCAAGACCAACAGACAAGGCAAUAUGUGGUUUAACGCCGGGAAGGCGAUACAGAAACCAGGCCCGGGGAGGUCCUGUUGGAGAUGAACCGGUGGUCUCAGAAGUGGUUUUACAGAGUUUUCCACCUUUGCCAUCCUGUGAAAUUUUGGAUGUCCACGAUGAGCAGACUCUUCCCAGGCUGAUUGAAGCAUUAGAGAAACGACAUCGCCUACGACAGAUGAUGACUGAUGAGUUCAACAAACAGUGUAUUACUUUUAAAGCUUUGUUACAAGAAUUUGACAAUACUGUUUUAAAUAAAGAAAACUACAUUCAAGGAAAAUUAAAUGAAAAAGACAAGGUGAUCUCAGGACAGAAAUUGGAACUAGAACGGCUGGAGAAGAAAAACAAAACUUUAGAAUAUAAGGUUGAGAUUUUAGAGAAAACGACAACUAUCUAUGAGGAAGAUAAGCGCAAUCUGCAACAGGAGCUUGAAACCCAGAAUCAGAAACUUCAACGACAGUUUUCUGACAAACGCAGACUAGAAGCAAGGCUGCAAGGCAUGGUGACAGAAACCACCAUGAAGUGGGAGAAAGAAUGCGAGCGUCGAGUGGCAGCCAAACAGCUGGAGAUGCAAAAUAAGCUCUGGGUGAAAGAUGAAAAACUGAAACAGCUAAAGGCUAUUGUUACCGAACCCAAAACUGAAAAGCCAGAGAGACCCUCUCGGGAGCGGGAUCGAGAAAAAGUUACUCAAAGAUCUGUUUCUCCAUCACCAGUACCGCUUUCUAGUAACUAUAUUGCUCAGAUUCCCAACGGCCAGCAACUCAUGAGCCAGCCACAGCUACAUAGGCGCUCUAACUCUUGCAGCAGCAUUUCUGUAGCUUCCUGUAUUUCGGAAUGGGAGCAGAAAAUUCCUUCGUACAACACACCUGUCAAUGUCACAUCUAUUGCAAGGCGUAGGCAGCAGGAGCCAGGACAAAGUAAAACUUGUAUCGUGUCAGACAGAAGGCGAGGGAUGUACUGGACUGAAGGCAGGGAGGUGGUUCCUUCAUUCAGAAAUGAGAUAGAAAUAGAAGAGGAUCACUGCAGCAGGUUUUGCAAGCAGAAAGAUGUUUGCAAAGUUACAAAGAAACUAUGUUCUAAUGCGCCACCAAUUCGUCUGCGACACAGACGAUCACGCUCUGCGGGAGACAGAUGGGUAGAUCAUAAGCCUGCCUCUAACCUGCAAACUGAAACAGUCAUGCAGCCACAUGUCCCUAAUGCCAUCACUGUAUCUGUUGCAAAUGAAAAGGCACUAGCUAAGUGUGAGAAGUACAUGCUGACCCACCAGGAACUAGCCUCCGAUGGGGAGAUUGAAACUAAGCUAAUUAAGGGUGAUGUUUAUAAAACAAGGGGUGGUGGACAAUCCGUCCAGUUUACUGAAAUUGAGACUUUAAAACAAGAAUCACCAACUGGUCGAAAACGAAGAUCUUCCACAAUAGCACCUACCCAACCAGAUGGAACAGAGUCUGAAUGGACCGAUGUAGAAACAAGGUGUUCUGUGGCUGUAGAGAUGAGAGCAGGGUCUCAGCUGGGGCCUGGGUAUCAGCACCAUGCACAACCCAAGCGCAAGAAGCCAUGAGCUGACAAUCUUAAUAACAAAAAAGAACAUUUUCAUUUGUGUUGGUGAUUUCUCUAAAGCAAUGCCAGAAGGAGUCUUCUGAAUGAAUCAUCUUGUAGAACUCCAGCUUUGCUGAACAUCACAGACCUUGGAUGUGUCAUACACUGGCCUACAUCAAAGAUUCCCCUAUGGCUCCAAAGAUAUCUAGGAUUCUGCAAACUUUUUAUAUUAUACACCUUGGCAUAUUUAAUAUUAAUAGCAGAGAAACACCCCCUUUUCUCAUUGUCAUAUGAAUUUUUUUUAUAAUGCUAUUUUUGUAUAUUUCUUGUAUACUUAUAAACUAAUUCAUGCA